AUCAAGCGAACCUUCGCCAGUGCUUUGGUACUCUUACAUCGUUGUGGGCUUGUAUCGUACAACUCGUUGUGUAAAGGAUCUCUUUGGGAUGGAUUGAAUCAUGUGUUUGAUAUGAACUACGAAACACCUCGACUGAUCAAAUACCCUACUCUUCAUGAGAUCAUUAUGUUCGCGUAA